GGUUAUCUGAAUUUCCAGUGAAUUAAACAUCCGAAAUAUAUAGCGCCAUUGUGUGCAUAAUUUUUCUUUCUUUCUUUCUCUUUAAUAAUUACAAUAAUAAUAAAAAAUGAAUACAACUAAUAAUAAUAAUAACAAUAAUGAUAAUGAUACCGAAGAUCCUUGGGUAGCUCAUAUAGAUAGCAUACAGGAUAUUACAAUUGAUACUGUACCUGAUGAAUACAAUAGAAUAUACCAUGAUAUAAAAUCAAAAUACGAAAAGAUUGACAUAAGCUGCUUGGAGCAAUUGCUCAAGGCAUCCAGUCUAUCAACGACAGUACAACAACAGAUUCUUGAUAUCAUCCAUCUCAACAAUCACAAUAACCCUCUGUUUGUAACAAGGAAUGCAUUUCAUCUUUUUCUUGCUCUUGUUUCUUUAGCUCAAAGUGAUAUAGACAUAUCAUUAGUGUCGAUAGCAAAAUAUAAACAUAAUUUACCAAUUCCUUACUUUGAUCCCAUCGAUCCACCCAUAUCAUCGCCUUCGCGUUCUUCAAUUCUAUCGCCUCAUGAUAUACAGCAAAGAUUACUCAACCAAUGGCUUUCGAGCCUAGACACCAUUUUAUUGUCCAAGGUGCCUGAAAAAGAAGGAAACUUUCUAUUCAAGCAUGUCAAUUAUCAACUCGAAAGUGAAAAGUUGGGUACAAAGGUGAUAAGAAGAUUCAGUGACUUUUGGUGGUUGUGGGAAGUGCUAUUAAGAAGAUACCCAUUUAGGCUUAUACCUCAUUUACCGCCCAAGAGACUCACUGCAAGAUCUUUAGAAUUUGAAGAAAAUAGACGAAGAGGACUUGAGCGAUUCAUCAAUGCCGUAGUUAGACAUCCUGUACUCGGCAAAGAUGAUAUUGUACAUAUCUUUCUGAGUCACGCAUCCUCAUUGACAGAAUGGAGACAACAACAACCGCCUAUAGCUCUCGAUGACGAGUUUAUAGAGCAUAAGCAGAAUAUAGAAGAAUUAGAAAAGAUGGUUCCCAUUGACUGGGAUGAUCGUGUGAUACGAAUGAAAAAGAGGUCGAUCCAAUACAUAAAGCAAUACCAGCAGAUGCUUUUUAUCAUGCAUCGGAUUGUCAAGUUUAAAAAGGCUUUAGGAACGGAUUAUAUUCGAUAUAGUAUGGCCCUGACUAAUCUUGCCGAGUUUGAUAAAGACUGUACCUUUUCUCAUUGUCAAGGCUGUCCUCAAUUAGCAAAGAGUCAAUCAAGUAUAGCAAAGUCUAUGCAGCAGGCAGGCAUGUCGCUUAAUCGCGAAGCAGUAGCAAUGGAAGAUCUUGUCAUAGAGCAUCUGAUCCGCCAAAAAGACCUGUUUGAGUCAUUCAAGGAAUUGAUUGAACGAAAAGAAAGUAUGCCCUUUGUAUCAAAUGAUAUUCUGGCACAACAGAUAGCUAAACACAAACGAUUGGCAGAUCAUGGUCUAAGUCUAAUCAAGCAAAGGGAGAUAUUCAUCAAGUACUGCAUCAUGACCGAAUUAUCAUAUUUACACAAGAUGCAAACCAAUGUGUCUACCAUGUACAAUAACUAUGUAAAACACGAACUUGCCCAUUCAAGUCAGUGGACAGAUCAUUGGAAAGGCUUGAUGCCGUCCAUAGAACAAAUGCCAAACACGCCAGACGAUUUUAUGUAGUAAGAAAAGGAGACACAUUUUUUUUUUAUUUUAAAACAAAAGUGUAUAUAUAAAGAAUCUUGCUUCUUCUUUU